CUGACUAAUUAGUGAGGUGUUAACAGGAUAUUUUUAUAUAUACAAUACGGAAUUUGUUUUCUCUUUAAGACAAAUCUUUCUUCGUUAAGAAUAAAAUAGGUGACAGGCGAUGAAGGGAAUAUACCUAAUCGCCAUCGCCUUUUUGGCAUCUUGGACUGUAAUCACCGCGAGUAAAUUACCUAUUAUUUUUGAAACUGAAGACGAAUGUCCGGUGCUAGACAUUUUCCCACCCAAAGUAAUAUCUCACAAAACAGAUUGCACUAAAUAUUACGAGUGUAAAAACAAUCAGAAACAAUUACGCUUUUGCGAAGUCGGCCUGUAUUUUAGCAAAAGAUGGGGUGGUUGCGUCACACAGGAAAUUUCAGAUUGUUCACAAGAUGAGAGUGAUGACCAGUGUCCAAACCCGGAUCCUUGCCCACCGAAAUUAAUACCUAUCAAAGAAGAUUGUACUAAGUAUUACGAGUGCAAAAACAGUAAGAAGGAACCGCGCUCUUGUAAGGUCGGUCUAUACUUUAGCCAAAGGUGGCAUGGUUGCGUCGAUCGGGAGAUUUCAGAUUGUCCCUUAACAACUCCAACUCCGACCUCGACAACUCCGACUCCGACCUCGACAACUCCGAUUCCGACCUCGACAACUCCGACUCCGACCUCGACAACUCCGACUCCGACCUCGACAACUCCGACUCCGAUCUCGACAACUCCGACUCCGACAACUCCGCCUUUACUAGAAUGUCCAAAUCCGGACACUUGCCCGCCGAAAUUAAUAUCUCACGAAACGGAUUGCACUAAGUAUUACGAGUGCAAAAACAGUAAGAAGGAACCGCGCUCUUGUAAGGCCGGUCUAUACUUUAGCCAAAGAUGGCAUGGUUGCGUCGAGCUGGAGAUUUCGGAUUGUCCCUUAACAACUCCAACUUCGACUCCGACCGCGACAACUCCGACUUCGACCUCUACAACUCCGAUUUUACUAGAAUGUCCAAAUCCGGACUCUUGCCCGCCGAAAUUAAUAUCUCACGAAACGGAUUGCACUAAGUAUUACGAGUGCAAAAACAGUAAGAAGGAACCGCGCUCUUGUAAGGCCGGCCUAUACUUUAGCCAAAGAUGGCAUGGUUGCGUCGAGUUGAAUAUUUCGGAUUGUUUACCAAAAGAAUGUCCAAAUCCGGAUACUUGCCCGCCGAAGUUAAUAUCUUACGAAACGGAUUGCACUAAGUAUUACGAGUGCAAAAACAGUAAGAAGGAACCGCGCUCUUGUAAGGCCGGCCUAUACUUUAGCCAAAGAUGGCAUGGUUGCGUCGAGUUGAAUAUUUCGGAUUGUUCUUUGCCAAUUUCACCUUCGAUCUCGACAGCGACUUUGACCUCGACAAUUCCGACUGCGCAUUAUUGCACAGACGGCGAUCUACUGAAACACGAAUGUACAUGUACUAAAUAUUACUUAUGCAUAGAGGGUUACAAAGCUUUAUUUGAGUGUCCGGCCGGCAAGCACUUUGAUAUUUCAACGAAAACUUGUCAACCAGGUACAAGUUGCCUUCAAGUAACUCCAAGUUCAAUUUCGAGUCCGACUUCGAUUCCAAUUACAUCCCAGUGCACAGAAAAUGAAUAUAUGCCUCAUGAGUGUGAGUGCAACAAAUACUACGAGUGCAAAGUUGGUCGGAAGGCCUUGCGUGAAUGUAACGAUGGAAUGAUCUUCGACAAGGCGUUGCAAACAUGCGUUCUAGGUCAAUGUUGAAAUGAUCCGAUCAAAGGAUAUAUUCUUUGGAACAUUAUACGCAAUAAGUUAUGUCAUCGACCACAUGACCGAUUUCGAGUAAUCUCGAUAUACUUGUGCUCCGAUUGUUCAAAUCAGAAUAAUUCUUAGAACCCACAUAAAUUACAUACAUAUUAUUACAUUUUUAUGUUAUUAAUAUUUAAAACAUUU